GACCGCGUUGAUGGUGUUCGGGAACGUCAACGCGUAGGAAGAAAUGGCGGCACACGUACGUGCGGGCUUUUUGUAAACAAACGCACAGUACGCUGUGCGCGUUCAUAUUUUGUGUAGCGAAGAAAUUGUGCUUUUUUAGUGCUACGGCGGUGGUUUCAUUGCUAAUAAAACCCGGUAUUCAUCUGCACUUUGUGUCGGUGCGUUAAGUGCCCCCAUUUGCCUAGGACUAGACGUGAUGGAAGUUAAUGCGGGCACUUUCAGCAAGCGAAACGGUAAAGCGAGCUUUAAAUUCAAUUCCACAAACGAUGGGGUGCUGUUGCAUUUGCACCAUACCGUAAGGAAUCAAUCCGAUGGGACGGUGCUACGAGUACGGUUUACUGCUGCAGGAUUUAGUCGGAACAAUGAACGAUUGAUCGCGGCAGAUCAUAGGGAUAAUGUUUUUGUGUUCGAUUUAGUUAGUCAGCGCUUUUGGACGCUUCCGGAACGGUUCACAAGGAUAACAGUUAUCGAAGGACUUUCGGGCAGUAAUCUUGUUGCCCUUGGAAACAAGGAAGGAAUGGUGUUUAUCGUCGAUUUGGGUACAGUGACACAAGCGUUAGAAGAUGCAAACAACUGUGUUCGAAAGCAUAAUGCCCACCCGGGAAGGAUUGUACAUCUGGCAUGUACACCUACCUUGCGCGUUGGGACACUAAAGUCCCAAUCGAAACCAUCCAGUGCUUCCUCGACGGAAGCAUUCGAACGAUACGAUCGUCGGUAUCUGCUAGCGGCAUCGCAGGACAGUGCGAAACUCUAUUCGCUCGAUGAUUUCUCCGAACUGUCACGCAUUAGUUACGGUUUGGCAUCGAAUAAUUCAUACCGCCCGAACGCGUGGCACUGGUUUGCCGGAACUAAUGGUACAUCACUGAUUAGCCACAGCACUUGCGGGAUUAUUAGAGCCUACCGGAUCAGCUUCAAGCUUGCCAAAGAGUUAAACGUCAUCCGGCUUAUCGAGCUUUAUCUUAAGAACACACCACCACAAACGAUCACAUUUGACCGCCGACCGGUAGGCCGGGGGGGUGCUGCACUAGGGGCGAAUAGUGUCGAGCUUACCGUAAAACGGCUCAUUGAAGUAUCACCCGACGUAGCCGGAAGGUGCAUAACAACCGCACAACCAACCACGGACGGUCAAUAUUACGCGAUACUGUACGGGCAAAGUGCCGUAACCUUUCUGGCGCUCGACUCGUGGCUCGUCUGUCGAGUGGUUUCAUUUCCCAAUUUGUUUAUCACACACUUCGCAUUCGUACCGGUGGAAAAUGGUGGUGAAAGCGGUGGCGCAACCGGGUGCGGCCGUGUACGGUGGCCUACGGUCGCGUGUGCACUUACCAUCCGUACCGCUGACAAUGAUUUAAUGCUGCUAAAAUUCGGCAGCACCGGUACCAGUAAUCCGCCCGUUCUACGACCACUAACGAAUCGGGCCGAACAUAAUUGCUAUAAAUUUAGGGUCGCUCCCAACGGACGGAUGCUGGCCAACGUUCUUAGCAGUGGUGAGGUGUUGCUACACAACCUGGAAUCGUAUCAGGUGGGGCAUGGACCCGAUACGGCCCCAAAUGGGCAGGGUAAAAGAUCGCGUACAAUGUACGUUGGUAAAACCGGACGACCGGAUAGUGCGUCGUCCCGUAGCAGUAGCAGCAGCAGCAGGAGCAACGGUGCAGUGAUGAUGCAUUCCGGUACAGGGAAUGUCGGUUUGCGGGCACCACGUAAGCAGAAACUUGCACAACAAAUAAAUGCCCUCCACGUGCAGCUAUCAAAAACACUUCCGAAGGACCGAUUGUUACCGAUACUGAAGGAGUAUGGUGAAUAUCCGACAAAGUAUCGUACCACGAUUUGGCGCACGCUACAGGAACUACCCGGUGAUGGGGAAAGCUUCGGCAGGCUGCUACAACGCGGACCCCACCCGUGUGUCGCCAGCUACGAGCAGCGUUUUGCCGGGUACGAUCAGCGUACCGUGCGCAACCUAAAGAAAACCGUUUCCUGUCUCGCACACUGGUGUGCCGUGUUUGGGCUUAUCGAUUACAUGCCCAGCUUUGUGCUACCGUUCGCCCGGCAGCAACCGAACGAUGCGCACGGGCUGUUCGAAACCGUCGCUACCGUGCUGGUGAAUCAGUGUCAGCAUUGGUUCGAAUUUGCCCCGCUGGAACCGUUCAACUACCUGGCGAUGGUUGAGAACGUACUGGCCGAGUGUGAACCACGGUUGAUGGCAUUCUAUCGCAGGCACAAUGUUGCGUCUCGCACGUACGCAACACCACUGAUGGAGACGGCCUUUGCAAGAUGCUGUAGUGACGAUGCCCAAUGGCUCGCCCUGUGGGACCACGUGCUGUCGAAUGAGUCGUACUUUCUGGUGUUUCUCAUUGCCGCCUACAGCAGCAUCAAUCGGGGCCCACUAAUGGCAGCGAACGGUGCGGAAGUAGAACGAUUUUUCUUCCAUCCAUCGGCCACACUCGAUGUGCGGCGAUUGGUGCACCGUGCACACGAUCUAGCGGAACGUUGUUCCGAUGCCACCCAUCCAAGGAAUUACUUUAAAUCCUUCGUACCGUUAAGCACAACCGGCCGGAUGGAUACGCUGCGCGAGAAAACUUAUCGUCAAGUGGAGAAGAACCAUGUCCAAACAGUACGCAAUCGGUGCGGCCCUCCUCGGACGGCAACCGGGAAGCAGGGAGUUUUUUACAAUGCAACUAAUAAUGCUAUUGAUUUCGCGUCACUCGCCAGUAAUUCAUCGGGCCGGUCACUACUACCGUCGCCAACAUCAUCGACCGGUGGCGAGUUGCCCGAUCCAUCGGACAAAGGAUCCACCCGGACGUACGUGAGCUUUGGUAACUUUCCGAAAAAGCUAACCGAACUCCGGUGCACGGAAACGACUGCCCUGCAGACAGAACAGCGACGGUUGGAAGCAAAAAUUAUCGAACUGGAAAAGCUUGAACACAGCCUGCAGGACCGUAUGGUGAACAAUUUGAUACGCCAGGAACAUGCACAGCGUGUAAAGGAAGUGGAACGCAAUGUCGAGGAAGCAAUCGCGCGCGAAGAGCAGCGGGUAGAAAUGCAGCGGAAAUUAUUGCUGCUGCACCGGAAGCAGCUGCGCGAGCGAGAAAACGAACUUUCGCUCGACGUGCACAAUGCCAAGCUCAUCAGCGAUGCCACCGUACGGGAACGGGAGCUCGAUGCGCUGUUGAAAAAGUUUGAGCGCGAGCGCCAGCGGGAAGAAACCGAUCUACUGUUUGCCGAAGAAGACAUCAAACUGAAAGAGCUGGAACUGUUGGCACGGUACACCGGUGGUCCGGUUAAGGCUGCCGUAGCCAAGGAAAUGACUUCCGAUGAACGUCCGCUCGAUCAACGGUACCAGGUGGCGCUGGAACAGUUGGCAGUACAGAAGCUAAAACUUUACGACGAAAUUGAUCGGACGUACUGUUCGCUGGGAAUGCCUUCGGGAGUCAAUGAGUAUACGUACCGAACCGUAUCGGAGUUGCGCAAGGUAGCGUCCGUUGCUAGCAGUGAGCGCUAUCCGUUGGCGAAGGAACCCGCCCAACCACCGAGAAACCGUCAGCCGGUACUGUUGGAUGGUAAUUCCACGAGCCAGGAGUAUGUCGAUACGAUACGGCGGAUGGAGGAGCAGGUGAAGAUUUUACAGCGGUUGAAAAACGACACGAAACGGCAAACGAAUGACAAUCAGAUCGAUUAAUUUUAUUGUACUGUGUAUUUAUGUUUAUUGUGUGGUUUUUUGCUUUGCAGUGUGUAUUUGCGGAUUAUAAACAAAUUUAUACUACAUUUAUUGGUAUAAGUAUAACAUCCUUCUCGUAUGAUGACUUUGUAUUUUUUUUUAAUGUUUGUUGGGUUUACUUUUACAAUAUUUUCUCUUUGGGAAAGGAGUUCUUGAUAAAUGAAUGCAGAUUCUUUAACCAGAGAAGAGUAUCGUUAAAUCUGGGGAAACUAUUACGGACAGAUGAAUCGUUAUUAGUAUUGGGAGGAUCUUUGAGGAUUUGAGCGUCUUUUGACAAUUGGCUUUUGGAUGGAUAUUUAGGAUAUUUACGAUAUUUCGAAUGGACUAUUUGAUCAGACAAAAAACAAGGGUACAUUACUAAAAAGAUUAAGUUUAAUAUUUGAGCAACAACUUGUGAUAGUUAUCAAGAUGCAUCUUCAGGAAUUGGUCGCUGUUAAAAGGGGGAAUCGGAAAGAAUAUCUUAUGAAUGUCUUGAGUCUUGAGAAGACUGCGAGAAACUGAGCUGGAAUGAUGGCAUUUAUGCGAUCGUCAAAAACCCUGGGAUAAUGGAUUGGAAGACUACGGUGCCCGAUCAUGAGCAGAUUGGAGGACUUCUUCCCUAAGGACCUACUUAUAAGGAGAGACCUUAUAAGUAAGUAAGUAAGAUGUAAGAUUGCAUAGAGGUACACUAGCUGAAGAUAAAGCUUGUCAUCCUACGGAAUCAUCAAUUUUAAUUUGGCAUGAUCGUGUUUUUUUUGCCAGAGUUAAAUCAACCUUUAAGAUGUUGUGAGAUGCGAGAAAAGAACUAUUUUUUUGGGAGGUGAUACUGAAGAAAUACAAGGCCCACUCUACACGAGCUGCGACAGCCAACUCGUACCGAGCCAAAGUUCUGUUUUGACAAUGAAAGUUACACGCGUUUUCCGCGGUGGCCGCGGCCCAUGUGGAGUGGGCCUAAGAUGUAAAGAGAUCUUGCCUGAUGGAUUCUGCACGUAUGAUCAAAAUGCCACGGAAGUUUGCCAAAUCCGAAAGAUCACCUUUUUUAUGAAGAGGCGAUUACUAACACGAAAUCUAAGAGGUUGUAAUUAACAAAAUGCAAGGCAAUUACUUAAACAUUUAUAAAACAAAAGGGGAAAAUUAUCUAUAAACAUAGUUGAUGCGAAGGAGAAGGCGAGGGCAGGAUCUGCGCGAGGAGAUAACAUAAGGUGUUAAAGGUUUUGUUAACAAUGACGAGAUGUCUAAACCUUUCAAGAAUGAUAAUAUUUCCUUGAGUAUAGAAGAAGCCCACGUGUUAACCGUGAUGUACAAAUAGUCGUAACACCAGAGAGUACCGUUGGACAGCUCGUAAAGAAUGCAUCGCGAUGUGAUCAUUUGCUGAAGCGUGUAAGAAAUUAUGUGCCCACAAAACAAAAAAAAAAAACAAUGCAAUGUUCCUCGUUGCUGCCAACCUCGAACGCCGGGUUUUCGUGUGGAAAAGAAUUGUGUUGCACAUAUUUUAUCCCAUUUGCUAGUAUGGUCGUGAUAUCCACGCUCCGGGGUACGCCGAUCUUGGACCGUUCGGCAAAAUCCGGACAAAGAAAGAGUCAAAGCGCAAAGAGAUUCGGUACGAAGUAGAUACAGAACGUGGAGAUCAUCCCACAAUAGAGAUUUAUUGCUGCCCGUGUACGGAAUUGGCACCGGGAAGUGUGCAAAAGCGUGCAAUCGGCAUCGGUAGUUCUUGGUGUUUGGCUGCAUAUUCUAUCGUUUUGCCACGCAUAACGAUCGGGUAUGACCUUUUUUUUGCUUUACGGUUAAAGAAGCUUUUGGUUUUAUGUUUUGCUGUUAUCUCUUUCACUUCCUAUGUGUUUUUUAUUUUUCUGUGUGCUUUUUUAAACUUAUCCUAAAAAUUCAGUAGAUGAAGAGGAACAGCGGAGGUGGGUUCUUCUAU